UGGCUCAAAGACUAUGAGGUACCUUUCUUUAAUAACUGGCCUGGCAGUAGCCCAGAUCUUAACCCAAUAGAAAAUUUGUGGUCCAUUGUAAAGCGUCGUCGUCGCGACGCUGACACAUCAAUCCCGAAGCUAGAGGCAGCCAUCAAUGAUACCUGGGCUAACUUGCCACCUGACCUCUUGCAACACCUUGCUGACAGUGUUCCUCGAAGGCUAAAAGACUGUCUGAAGUGCAGAGGAAACAUUACAAAGUAUUAAUUGAAGUGAUUUAUAUUUUCAUCUUUGCAUCAUAAAAUGAGUACAGUAGUUAUCAACCAUACAAGAUUGAUGCAGGUAGCAGCAGGCAUACCAUUCCUUCACUGGUGUUAGAUUUUAUGAUGCGUUGUGUAAAAUGUAAGAACAAAUUGCUGUACCAAUGAUCAUACCGUAAGGAGUGAAACAAUGAAAUACUCUCUCAAGUUGAGGUUUGUGGUGUUGGUGCUUGUUGCUGGUGUGGUUUACUUCUUCUAUCAGUGGAAUUUAAGAAGAACCUCAUUGUCUAAGUUGAGCCCCAACCAUUACUCAUUGAAGGAAGAUUAUUCUGUGUGGCCGGUGUUCAACAGCAAACUAAAACACUUACAGGAGUGGUACAUAACCGAGUGCUUUGGGGGACAUUUUUCCGAAGACAUUGAGGAGAUCUUUGGUAACCUCGUCUCGACGUGGUCCGAGUCCGAGAAUGCCGAGUGUGCAGACGUCUAUCACAAGUUUAUUACAUUGUACGAAGUCCACGAUCGCUACUCUGGGAAGUUGAAGUUCCCUGCGCCCUUUGCCAAGCGAGUUAGUGAGUGGAUGAAAGGAGACAAGGCGAUGGUGAAGAAAAUUAACCACCAGCAUCUGAUCCACGUGUUCAAUCCACUAACAUCGGAGCACGUGGUCUACAAUCCAGUACGAGCUAAACGUCCAAUGCCAGCCAUGGAGACAAACAUAUAUGAGUGGGUUGAUAAAGUCAGUGAAGACAGUGCAAAAGAUUGUGAUUUUUGCAGAUACAAUAAUAUGACGGCUGUUGAUGAGUUCGGGAGGCACAUCACAGAUGAAACAGUUCGUAUGACAAACACAUUUAAAGUGGAAGCAUGGCACAGCAUGGUGAUCACGCGUCACUUGCACCAUCCAAUUAACUUGACCAAGAGUUUGAUUGUCAAAUUCUUCCAGGAAGCCGCAACAUGGGCGUAUGAAGUAAGCACGAAGGACCUCCACUACAUCUACCCCAACCUUGCCUGGGACACACUGUUACAUGCUGGAGCCUCACAGAUCCAUCCACACCUUCAUGUGAUGAUGUCUCCUGAUCACUAUCACGGCUUCAUGGAACUCGUUCGCUCGGCUUCUCAACGAUAUUACCUUGCCGAGGGAGAGAACUACUUUGGAGCCAUGCUGGAUGUUCACGCAGCUUUAGGACUUGCAGUACAAUAUGGAGACGCUGUUGCUCUCGCCACCAUAACGGGGAAAGCUGAUAUGGAAGUGAUGUUCCUAAGCGACUAUCCAGGAGAUGAUUUCUACAAUCUCAUCUACUUCACUGUUCAGGCCUAUCAUGAUACUUUCAAUCAACUCUGUAAAACGUUUGCCGGAGCAUGGCCUGCCCUAGGGACAUCUGAACGAGCCUCAAAAGGUCGUAUACCAGCAAUAGCCCAUCUUGUGUCUAGAGGGAAUUGUAUGUCAUUAAGGGCUGACAUGAGUUCUUUGGAAAUUUUUGAGAUUGUGUACAGAUCACAUGACCCUUGGCAAGUUGCUGCAGCCAUAAGAAAGUCCAUAGAAAAGUAUGAUGGAUGACUUACGAUGCUGUAGUAGUAUGUACUGUACUGAGUGAUGUUGUAGUGUUCAAGUAUUAUUUGGUAUAUAAGGUAGUUGCACAUAUUUUUAUAACUAUUUAUUUAUGUGUGUUUUGGUGUGAUUGGCAUUAAUGCUCUCUCUAGUUUCAUUGUAAACUUUACAUUUCUGACCUAAAAUAUCCAGUAUUAGUUUCAUGUGAAUGAAAAUAUUUAAAUAUGUGGGUAAUUUUAUCCAUAAUGAAUAAAAAAUUUUAUGACC